GAAUUUAAAAAAGUAUUUCUUUGAUAUGGAAUUUUUCAGAACUGAAACAUAUAAAAGUCAAUGGCGCAAUGAGUCACGUUGAAUUUCUUUUAUAACUUUACUCGAAACUAAACCGACGAUGUUUUUAAAAUUAUUCUUAUUGAUCGCGUUAUUUUACAUAAACUUAGCUCAUUCUGCAAAUAUUUUAGCACUUUUUCCGAUUCCAUGUAGAAGCCAUUUCGCAAUAUAUCAACCGUUAUUGGAAAAAUUGGCCGAAAGAGGACAUCAGAUUGAUGUAUUAACUCAUUUUCCAAGAAACAUACCUUUAAAUGGUUAUACAGAUUACAGUAUAAGGAGAGAAGAUGAGUUUUACUCAUUUGACAUAGAUAUUGAAAUGGUUAAAUCAUUGUCUCUCUUAGAUAUUUUAAACAUAAUCAAUUUUAAUGCUGGAGCGACUAUAUGUUACAAUGCUCAAAAUAAGACGGCAACUCAAAAUUUGAUGAAGAGCAAAAAAGAAUAUGAUUUAAUUAUAACAGAGAUAUUCUUUAGUGAUUGUUCGCUCGGGUUUGCAACUAUGUUUAAUGUUCCAAUAAUAGUAAUGACUAGUAGUGUUAGUAUGCCAUGGGCUAGUGAUAUCGCUGGUUUGCCAGAUAAUCCUUCGUAUAUACCACAUUAUUUCAGUCCGUACAGUCAAGAUAUGACAUUUUUAGAAAAAUUAAUGAACACUGUUACUUUACAACUAAUAAAAAUGUGGCAUACUUAUUAUCCAUCUGAAGAAGCUAAUAAGUUUAUACAGGAAACUUUUGGUAGAAACAGUCCACAUAUAGAAGACAUUCGCAAGAAUAUUAGUUUGGUUAUGGUUAAUAGUCAUUUUAGUCUGCAACAAUCUCGACCUUUACCUCCAAAUUUUAUCGAAAUCGGUGGAAUACAUUUAAAACCGAAUCCAGUUUUACCAAAGGAAUUUGAAAAUCAUCUUAAAACAAACUUAAAAGGAGUCGUUUAUUUAAGUUUUGGAACAACUUUUAAAUCGGAAACAUUCCCCGAUUAUAAAUUAAAACCAAUUUUUGAGGCCUUAUCAGAAAUUCCUUACAAAAUUUUAUGGAAAGGAAAAAGAUCAGAUGUAGCAAAACAUUUAAAUAUUCCAUCGAAUAUACAGUUCGUUCCGUGGAUGCCACAAUUAGAAGUUUUAUGUCACCCUAAUUUAAAACUUUUUAUCAGUCAUUGCGGGUUAGGUGGUGUACAAGAAGCGAUUUAUUGUGGAAAACCAGUUCUAGGUCUUCCAAUUUGGGCUGAUCAAUUCGCACAAGCAAAAAUAAUCAAUGACAAAGGUUUAGGUUUAACAAUUCCGUUAUUAAAACACUUUACGAAAGAGAACUUGUUAAAUGUGUUGCAACAAUUAUUAGAAAAUCCAAGAUUUACUGAAAAUGCUCGUCGUUCAUCGGAAAUAUUCCGAGAUAGACAAGUAAGUCCUUUAGAUACAGCGGUGUAUUGGGCCGAAUAUGUUAUUCGACACAAAGGAGCUCCACAUUUAAAAUCAAAAGCAGCAUAUUUAACAUUUUAUGAAUAUUAUUGCUUAGAUAUUGCGUUUACAUUAUGUUUUACUACUUUAAUUUUGGGCUGGAUUUUUUAUAAGAUUUCAAAAAGAAUUUUAAAUUUAAUUGUUGCUUUUAGAGUAUUUAAACGUAAGUUAGAAUAACUUUUAUAACCUUAUCAUUACCACAAUGUAUAUUGUAAUUAUAAAGUUAUACUAUGUAUAAUAUUAGUUAUAAUUUUUAAUUAUAGCUAACAAUUUAUUUGCUUCUUAAAUAAAUAAAGAAAUAAAAAACGUU